AUGGCGACUCGGGACGGCUUCUACUUUGACAAUGGUACUGCAGCCUUGCAACACGGCCUUAAAUGUGCUGGAGCCAUCAGUCCCCCAAAUAACAUUACUGGGAAAGAAACACAACCCUACGAUGUGAUCAUUGUUGGCGCAGGCUACGCUGGCUUGACUGCUUGCAGAGACUUGUGUAUAGCUGGAUACAAUGUGCUCCUCCUCGAAGCUCGGGACAGGAUUGGCGGGCGGACCUACACUGCUGAAGUCGAUGGUCAUUUAUACGAAAUGGGCGGCACUUGGGUCCACUGGAAUCAACCGCAUGUCUAUCGUGAGAUGUCCAGAUAUGAUCUAACAGCGCUUUUGCCCAGCCAUGUUGAGAGUAGCAGCCCCAAUUACUGUGCCACAUCAUUUGAAGGCAAACACCAAAAUGUGGACCAGAUGAAAUUGCACGCGAUGACCGAGAAAGCGUUCAAAAUGCUGUGCGACGUGGAUGGCAAGUCUGGACGGGAAGUCCUCCCAUAUCCGCACAAUCCACACCACAACCCCAAAGCCAAACAUUGGGAACAGAUGUCAGUUGCUCAGCGCCUUGAUCAGAUAAAAGCAGCGCUCACGGGCGACGAGCUCGCUGCACUCCAGGCGCAUCUGUCGUCGAUUUGUGGGAUUGAUAUGGAUAAGGCUGGACUGUUUGAUGUUCUCCGGUGGUGGGCACUGGGUGGAUAUACCAUGGAUGGUCUAUACGAGACAGGGGACCAAUUUAAGAUCCCCACGGGCCAAUCAAACUUCGCACGUUGUUUCUUUGAGGAAUCGCUUCAGAGCCAUCACCUCAAAUAUUCAUUUAAUACGGUUGUAACGUCGAUCCAGGAUCAAGGAAAUCGGGUCAUCGUGAAUCGAACUUGGUCUGCGAAACGAGUAAUCUGCGCAGUUCCGUUGAAUGUGCUCCGCAAGGUUGCCUUUGAACCGGCACUAAGCCCAUCUAAGAUGGCAGCAACUCGUCCUGGAAAUAUUAAUCACGGUGCAAAGGUCCACCUCGAAGCAUCAAGCUCAGCGCUCCGAUCAUGGUCGUGCGCAUCUUGGCCACCAACGAGAGUCUGUCAUGGAUCUGGGGACGGCUUAACCCCAGAUGGGAACACACAUAUUGUUUGCUUCGGCUCAAAUAAAGACUUCCUUAGACCAGAACAAGAUGCUCAAGAUUUUGCGGCUGAUUGCCAGAAGCUACAGGACAUGGAUAUUAGGAAGACUGUGUGGCAUAAUUGGAGCAAGGACCCAUUUUCCGAGGGGUCGUGGUGUAUGUUUCAGCCGAACUUUAGUUUCCAACAUCUAAAAGCACUUCAGCAACGGGCAGGGAAUAUUCUGUUCGCCAAUUCGGAUUGGGCCCUAGGCUGGCGUGGGUUUAUUGACGGCGCAAUCGAACGAGGGGGACGAGCUGCGAAAGAUGUUUCUUCCGAGCUUGACACUUUUAGGAAACCAGCUAAGAUCUAA